AUGGCGCAGCUCCAAGGAAAAGUCAUCGCAAUUACCGGUGCAGCAUCGGGUAUCGGGGCAGCCACGGCCCUCGAAUGUGCCGCGAGAGGCGCUGCUGGACUGUCACUGUGUGAUGUCAACGAGGAUGCCUUGAAAAAGGUGGUAGACCAGAUACAGGCCAAAGGGGUCAAGGUAAUAGGAAAACGAGUCGACGUCUCCAAUUCGGAACAGGUUGAUGCGUGGAUUGCCGAAACAGUCAAGGAGUUUGGCCGUCUGGAUGGCGCCGCCAACAUCGCGGGCGUCGAGACAAAGCCGGGCGGCAAGGUCUUUUCCAACAUUGUCGAUAUCAGCAACGACCACUGGGACUUUAUCAUGAAGAUCAACCUCACGGGUCUCUUUUACUGCCUUCGCGCUGAACUCCGUGCUAUGGACCGGGGUGCCUCGAUCCUCAAUGUUGCGAGUAUGGCUGGCGUCAUCGGUCGUCCUGGCAUCGCCGCCUACUCGACCAGUAAGCACGGUGUCGUUGGUUUGACGAGAACUGCAGCCAAGGAAGUCGGCGAGCGCGGCAUUCGAGUCAAUGCUCUUGCUCCUGGCCCUAUAGAGACACCCAUGCUGGACAGGCUGCUAUCCGAUGGUGGCUCCUCAGAGCGACCGGUCACAAAUACCUACAAGACCCUGCCUCUCCAGCGACUCGGAACAGCACAAGACAUGGCAAAGACAAUUUGUUUUGUUCUGAGCGACGAUUCAAGCUUUACUACAGGAGCUGUAUUCUCUGCAGACGGCGGUGUUGCCUGCUAG